GUGCUUGCUAGCUCAGGGAGUUGUUGUGCCGCGGCAGAAAGCUGCUUAAUGCUGAUCCGUCAGGGUCCAGGCUCGAUGUCAGCAGGAAGAAGUACAGCUACGGGACCAGGUUUUCCCUUGAAACAUCUGUACCGAGAGUGGCUCCGCGUCCAGCUCCUCCUGCGGUUUCUUAUCGGACUUGUUCGGCUGACUCAUGACUCUCUGAGCUGUUUGCUGACACACUUCUCAGUCUGGUGAACUCUGGCUCACAUAGCUGGAGUCAGCAGAUAUUUUCUCACAGAAAUACCGUAAAAAGUGAACGUGGAUCCCUCCAGCUGUGGCGUGACUUCAGUUAAAGGUCUGACAGGAAGUCUGAUGAGAGAAGACAAAGUCCUCCGUCCCUGUCGCUCCAGCGAAGACUUUAUCUGACAGGUGGUUACGACUUCCUGUCCGCAGAAGAAGAAGAAGAAGAAUCUUUUUUCAGUUUGUAUUCGCGUCAUGUUGAGGGGCUGAAACUAUACACCAUGUUCAGUGUCAGAUAGAAAGGUGCGUUUGAUUUGUUGAACCUGAAACCUGAAACCUGUGCUGAAAAGACGAGAGAUCAUUGAGGUUCCCCUGGCGGCCAUGUUGGGGCCUCAGCUGCUUCCUGCCACCGCCGCCGCCACAACUCCAUCCUGAACCAGCGUUUCCUCAGUUCGCUGAUUUAUUUUCACGUGUUGUUUGUGUAAAUAAGGACUAAGUGUUUGUUCUGAGAAGCCGCCGGGCCUUGUCUCUUCAGCGUCGACUGAUCCAUCUGUCGGCCAUGGCGGAGUCCAGCUCGCAGCCGGCUGCAGAUCUGCUGAUCGAACGCCACAAAGAGGAACCGUCUCUUCCCGCAGAAAGCAUCUCCAAAGAACUGAUCCUAACCGCGGCGCCGGAGGGGCCGGAGUUGGACGUCGGAGCCGAGGCCGCGAGAAGCAACGGAGACGCCGGCAGUCCUCUUCCUGUCGAAGUCCUGAAGGAGGAGGCCACGCCCCCGGAGUCGUCGCUGUCGUCUGAAAACGGGACGGUAACCACCGUCACCAUAGAAGAAGACACUCUGUCCGCUCUGUUAAGACACAUCAAGACUGAAGGGGGACAGGGCAGAGGAGGAGAACCAGAUCUGGACCUGGAGGAGAGCUCCUCUGUGGCGACGGCGGGCGGCUCGGACGACCAGCGGGAGUCCACGGACUCCGCGUCCUUCUCCAUCCCGAGCCUGGAGCUGUCAGACGGGGUCACGGCCGCGGGAACCUCCCUGGACGUGGACGACGGCCUCUCCUCGUCCUACUCCGCUCUGGGCGCGGAGGGCUGCUCGCCGUCCACCGAGGUCCCGAGUCUGAAGGACGAGGAGACGCUGGAAGCUGCCGGUGGCGCUGCUGCUCCUCCUCCUGCUGCUCCUGCUGCUCCCGCCGCUGUUUCGGAGGCCGGGCCGUCCAUGCCGGCGUAUUACCUGGUGAAGUGGAUCACCUGGAAGGAGAAGAAGACGCCCAUCAUCACUCAGAGUGAGAACGGACCCUGCCCCCUGCUGGCCAUCAUGAACACGCUCUUUCUCCGCUGGAAGGCCAAACUUCCGGCUCAGACUGAAGUCGUCACCACCGAGGACCUGAUGGCUCACCUGGGAGAGUGUGUGUUGUCUGUCACGCCCAGAGAGAAGGCUGAUGGGAUGGAGCUCAACUUCCAGCAGAACAUGAGCGACGCCAUGGCGGUGCUCCCGAAGCUGUCCACAGGUCUGGAUGUGAACGUUCGUUUCACCGGAGUGACGGACUUCGAAUACACACCCGAGUGUAUCGUGUUCGACCUGCUGGACAUCCCGCUGUACCACGGCUGGCUGGUCGACCCGCAGAGUCCAGAGAUGGUGGCUGCUGUGGGGAAACUGAGUUACAACCAGCUGGUGGAGAAAAUCAUCGACUACAAACAUUCUGCUGAAAGCAGCCGAGUCAGUGAAGGUCUGGUGGCGGAGCAGUUCCUGGAGUCGACGGCGACCCAGCUGUCGUAUCACGGCCUGUGUGAACUCAACACGACGGCCAAAGAGGGAGAGAUCUCCGUGUUCUUCAGAAACAACCACUUCAGUACCAUGAUCAAACACAAGGGUCACCUGUACCUGUUGGUCACGGAUCAGGGCUUCCUGCAGGAGGAGGGUUUGGUCUGGGAGUCUCUUCAUAAUGUCGAGGGAGAUGGGAACUUCUGCGACUCCGACUUCAGACUGUGUCAUCCUCCUCAGAGAGCUCCGCCCGCCGCCACCCUGCCGCCCACCGCCCAGGAGCAGCAGAGACAGAUUGACCAGGACUACCUGGUGGCGGUGUCCCUGCAGCAGCAGCAGGGCGGGGCCCCGGGGCCCCUCAGUGACCUGGAGUUGGCCCGACAGCUCCAACAGGAGGAAUACCAGCAGCAGCAGCAACUCCAGCAGCAGCAGCAGCAGCAGCAGCAGCAGCUGCAGCAGCAGGGACCAGGGCAGGCAGCACAGCAGGUCAGAGGUCAGGGGUCACAGCAGGGCGGGGCCAGGAGAAGAGACAAGGACUCAGACUGUGUCCUCCUAUAGACUCCUCAUCUUCUACCAACCACCAAACUCCCUGAGUCCAGUCUGUCUGCAGCGGGGAGGACACACACACACAUGCACACGCACACACACUCAGCUCGAUGCCAAACCCCAGUGCUUUUGUUAAACAGUUCGUUUCAGACGGGAUUCCAGGUUUUGGAAAGUUUGUAAAUUUGUAAGAAAUAACUGUUGAGUCUGGUGGAACACGCACGCUGCUCACACGCCAGUCUUUAUACAGGGAUUAUAAUCUGACACUGACGGCUUCACUACUGGUCAAUAAAUCAUCAUUAAUCAGCUGUAAAACAUUAAUAAUAAUAAUAAUAAUAAUAACUUGGCAGGUUGGGAAAAAAUACUCGAGUUGAGAGCUGAAACGAUGCGGUCUGCAGUUUUAAAUGUUGAUCCAGAAGCCCUGCAGCUGAAGGUCAGAGGUCAAAAAAAGAGUAAGUGUCCUGCUAGAGGAUGAACAGCAGCCAAAACCUGACCUGAAUCAUGGCUAAUAACUGAUCUGUAAAGCAGGAAGUGAUUUACUAACCAUUAAUAAAGCCGUUGGUUACAACUUCUGACUUAUUAGGAAGUGGAUCCGUGAAACGAUGAAAGGAAACUGCUGAAAAAUCUGUUAACUUAAAGUGUGUUUUACUGACCUGAGCGACAUGAAAGUGUCUUUUCUGACGGGACCAGUUUCACCAGAAGACGACGCGUCUCAAUAAAAUACAUCUACCAACGUUCAAAAUGUCCGACACACGACCUCCUCUGGUGAAAGCGAUCCUUUCCUAUAAUCAGCUUCACUGCAGAUGAAACUUUAAAGCUCGAGGUCGGCAGAGACCAACACGGGUCAACCGUUACGGUUCCUAAAAUCCAGGAGUCCGCACCAAAGUCCAUACAGAUUACCACUGCUUUUUUACCAGCAGGGUUUGAGUUAAUUUAGAAAAUAAGCUCUGAAGUCCAAUAAAGUUUUUUCCAGUGAUUAAAAUGACAACUGGAAAGGUUCUCAUGCUGUUUUAAAAAAACAACAACUGAUUAUUCAUUAUUGAUGCUGCAGCAUUUGAGUAAAUCCCCGACACAGACACAGUAACUUUCUAAUAAUUUUACUCCAAUGGAUUUACCUUGAAUGAGAGCUGUAAUUGUGUACCGAGUAUAAGGGCAACGUUUGGUGAUUACAUGUCACUCUAAAAUUAUGAAAUGUGUGAUAAUUACAGGGUAUCUUUGCUGCCAAUAUGAACCUUUUAUGUGACAUUUUGCCAAAUGUGAAGACAUUUUUUCUACAAAAACAAACAUGAAAUCUGCCCAAACAUCACCCACUCAGGAACAUUUAAAAUGAUGAUUUAAACAACCAAUACCUGAUCCCAGAACGAGCCGACGACCACAAAGAGUGUGACGAUGCGUUCACUGCCAACUUUCAGUACUUGUCAGUCACAUGUUUGAUACCCGGUUCAUAUAAAACGUCACUGCGGAGCUUAUUUUCUUCAUUUAUCACAAAAUCCAGAGCAGAAUUUGCAUUUAUACGGAAGCCCGAACCAGCCAGGGAAAUAAACAAAUACCGGAAAUGACAAAAAUAAAAAUACUCUUGGUGUCUCAAAAGUAUCCUGAUUGACUUAAUUGACCUAAUUUUAACUUAAAUCUUUGUGUUAUUGUCUUGUAUUUAUGACUCAGUAUCUGAUCAUUUUGAUCAAAUUCCAGUCUAACAUUUUCUUAUGUUUAUGACUUAAAAUCACAUAAUAAAGAAAAAAUACAAAGUAGAGUUUAAGUUAUUAGGCACAAAAUUAUAAGACACUAUUAUAAAUAUGAAAUAAGCCAAAAUCAGUGAGUCAGAAUUUUAACUUGUUUCUCAUAUUUAUGACUUACUAAGUCAGAAUUGAGAGAUAUUUAAUCAAAAUUUUAACUAUUUCUCAUAUUUAAGACUUAAUAUCUCGUAAUUUUGACUUUCUAUGUCAUAAUUUUGAGGCACAAAGUCAGAAAUACAAAGUAAGGAUUUUGAUUUAUUAGGUCAAAAUUAUAAGAUACAUAGUCAAAAAUUUCAACUUUUUGUCCUCAUAUUUAUGACUCAGUUUGACUGAAUUCCAGUCAUACAUUUGUCUUUUCCCAUAUUUGUCCUAGUACCUCGAAUUUGUGACCUGUUUUUUUAAUUUUGACAUGUUGACUCAGAAUUAUGACUCGUUAGUAAAUGUUGACUUUCUAUCUCAUACUUGUGAUUUACCAUGACCAUUUAAUUUUUGGCGUUUCUAACGGUUCAUCUUAAAGGGCCUCCGUACGUUUAAAUCUGCUGCGUGAGUAAAAACAUUCUGGAUCGACUCAAACGCGUCGUGACUUCAUCCCUCUGGUGCUGUCGGCACGUAAAAAAGCACAUUUUGGACUGAAACCGCGUUGUAACUCUGCUGAUGCUCUGAUGUUUAAUGAACAGUUCAGACCUGGCGUCAAGAUGUUUCCUCUUCAAGUGCUCUGAAGAUCCAGGAACCCAGAGUCCUGAUUUAAAACGACUUAUUUAAAGCCACGUAGAAUGAAACGGUUAAACGUCUUAAACUGAGCACUUAAAACUUUCCCAUCAUGCCUCUGAGUGUUCGGGGCGUCGCCGGUACUUCCUGUUGUCGUCCGGUGUUUUUAACAGUUUGUUUCUUUGGUGUGUCUCUUGCUGUCGGACUGCUGCCACGCUCUGUUUAAGCUUUCUAUUUAAUUUGUCAAGAUGUCAAAUUAUCAGUAAAAACAAAACCAAA